CAUCAAAUUUUUUUUUUUUUAAUAAUUAUUAUACCCCUAAAAUAAACCAAACUUCUUACAGUAUUUAUUAUACCCCUAAAAAAAAAAAAACUAAACUUCUUAGUAAACUCUGAUUAAAUAACAACAAAUUCAAAUUCCAUGAGACUGAUAUCACUCUCCGAUGCUGUUCAGUAGCUAUGACUUCUGCUUCCUUUUUAUCAGCGUAUGUAGAGUGUGUAAAAUUAUGUAAGUAUACAAAAGGAGGUGGAAGUGGAACCGGAAAAGGCGACUGUAGUCCGAUUUCGUGUGCUUGGAAAGCUCCUAGGGCUUUGACUGGUUUGUUAGCUAGCACAGCUAGUUCGUCGGCUUUUUAUUACGAAAAAAGGAUAUGGCGUGGCGAUAGACGUAGGAGAUGGGCUGUGGGUUGUUCGUCCUCUUUUUCUUCAUAUGAUGAGGUUACUCCUGAGAACUUGUGGAAGGAUCUUAAACCAGCUAUUGCAUACCUUACGUCUGAAGAGUUGAAGUCAGUACGCAAUGCACUAAAUCUGGCCUUUGAGGCACAUGAUGGGCAAAAACGACGAAGUGGAGAACCCUUUAUUGUUCACCCUGUUGAAGUUGCAAAAAUUCUGGGAGAACUUGAAUUGGACUGGGAGUCAAUUGCUGCUGGUUUAUUGCAUGACACAGUUGAAGAUACAAAUCUUGUUACUUUUGAAAAAAUAGAGAAGGAUUUUGGUCCUACUGUCCGUCACAUUGUUGAAGGAGAAACUAAGGUGUCAAAACUAGGAAAGUUGAAGUAUAAAAAUGAUAGUCAUUCUGUACAAGAGGUGAAAGCUCACGAUCUUCGACAAAUGUUUCUUGCCAUGACUGAGGAGGUCAGGGUGAUAAUUGUUAAGUUAGCAGACAGAUUACAUAAUAUGCGGACUCUUUCUCAUAUGCCUUCACAUAAGCAGUCUAGCAUUGCAAUGGAGACGCUACAAGUUUUUGCUCCUCUCGCAAAGCUCCUUGGAAUGUAUCAAAUUAAGUCUGAGCUCGAGAACUUGUCCUUUAUGUACACAAAUCCUCAAGAUUACGCUAAAGUGAAGAGAAGAGUUGCAGAACUCCAUAAAGAGCAGGAGAAAGAAAUUGAAGAGGCAAAUAGAAUUUUGAUCAAGAAGAUUGAAGAUGACCAGUUCUUAGACCUUAUGACUGUUAAAACAGAAGUGCGGUCUGUUUGUAAGGAACCUUACAGCAUCCAUAAAUCAGUAGUGAAGUCAAAAGUUUCAAUUAAUGAAGUUAAUCAAAUUGCACAGCUGCGGAUUAUCAUUAAACCUAAGCCUUGCGUUGGUGUAGGGCCUUUGUGUAAUGCACAACAGAUUUGUUACCAUGUUCUUGGGUUGGUACAUGGCAUCUGGACUCCUAUUCCCCGAGCUAUGAAGGAUUACAUUGCGACCCCAAAACCCAAUGGUUAUCAGAGUCUUCAUACUACUGUAAUUCCAUUUCUUUAUGAGAGCAUGUUCCGUCUGGAAGUGCAGAUUAGAACUGAAGAGAUGAAUUUGAUAGCAGAAAGAGGUAUUGCUGCUCACUACAGUGGGAAAGUCGUCAAUGGGUUAGUCAAACAUACAAUGGUUAAUGAGAGAAACUUAAAAGGAAAACCAGUCUGCCUUAAUAAUGCAAAUGUGGCCCUCAGGAUUGGUUGGCUCAACGCAAUUAGAGAAUGGCAAGAAGAGUUCGUUGGAAACAUGAGCUCUAGAGAGUUUGUAGAUACAAUCACCAAAGAUCUUCUAGGCAGUCGCGUCUUUGUAUUUACACCAAGGGGAGAGAUAAAAAAUUUGCCUAAGGGAGCAACUGUUAUUGACUAUGCUUAUAUGAUCAACACCGAUACUGGAAACAACAUGGUGGCUGCAAAGGUUAAUGGAAAUAUUGUUCCUCCCUUGCAUGUGCUUGCAAACGCCGAAGUUGUGGAGAUAGUGACUUAUAAUGCACUCUCAAGCAAGUCUGCUUUCCAGAGGCACAAGCAAUGGUUACAACAUGCAAAAACACGCAGUGCCAGACACAAGAUUAUGAAUUUUUUGAAGGAGCAAGCUGCUCAAUCUGCAGAUCAACUAACAGUUGACUCAAUCAAUGAGUUUCUUUCCGAUUCUGGAGAGGAUAGUGAAGUUGAAGAGGUUAUCGACUAUUCUAAAGGGAGUCAGCACACGUGGGAGAAGAUUCUCAUGAAUGUGAUGGAAAUGUCAUCUAUGAAGAUGAUUGGUGAAGACCUUUUUCAGUUCAAAAAUGGUAGUAUCAAGGUUCCAAAGGUCAAUGGGAAGCAUAACAAGCAUAUGAAAAGUGUAAGUGUUAAGGCUAGAGGAGAAACACUUUAUCAGGGUAACGGUGUUGCUAAGAUGAUAUUUGCUGAUGUUCCGAUGCAUAAAGAAGUGUUCCCCGGUCUUGAAAGUUGGCGUGAUGGGAAGGUUUCAUCAUGGAGUGAUUUUGAAGGACACUCUAUUCAGUGGAUGUGCAUUGUCUGCAUAGAUCGAAAAGGCAUGCUUGCUGAUAUAACAAGGACGUUGUCAAACGUUGGCCUUACAAUAUGCUCGUGUGCGGCUGAGGUUGUUAAAGGAAGAGGAAUGUCCGUCAUUCUUUUCCAUGUUGAAUCAAGCUUGGAUGAUACGGUCAGUGCGUGUUCACGUGUUGAUUUGGUCUUCGGUGUAUUAGGAUGGUCCACUGGGUGCAGCUUGCAUGGAUUAACCAAAAAGCAACGAGUUCGAGAAUGUUGACCGCAUCAUUAGUGAGGUUGAUAAGAAGUUUUGUUCACUUGGUAAAUAGUUUUGCUAUCAUAUAUGCGUCCAUCCAUCUUGAUCAAAACAAAUCAACAACCUAGUGAUUUGAUGAUAGGUGUAGUCGUGUAGAGGCAAGGGGCUGUUUAUAAAGGAAGAGCGAAGUAUACAUGUAAUGAUGUAAAAAAGGAAUGAAAAUAGAGAUUUACACAAGUGAUACUGAAAGUUUAUAAUAGGUUAGGCACACUUGAUGUUGCUAUUAUUUUGUUAGUGAUAUGAUCAAUAUAUGAUCAAUGAACACAACGAUAUGGGUCACCUACUUAUAAAGAAGUUGAUUAGUGCUA